UUUCUGAUUUAUUGUGCAUAUUUAUUGAUAUGCUUGUGGCUUGGUGAACUUUCCACUGCAUUAUUAACAACUUGUGGAUCAACCGUAUGUGUCAUCAGUGUCGAUAUUAUCUGUUCCUGUACUCAGUGUGCGCAGCAGUACUGAUGUACCUGGCCAAGCUGCUACCUUCCAUCAAUCUGUAAUAACAAUUCUUAUUGAUCAAGAGUAGAGUGUGUGAUGCCCGGCAGUCGCGCCAGCACGGAUCCCGAGCACAAAUCCCCUAGGGAAAGUGGUGAGGACUCCGAGGAUGAGAGCGAAAUACUGGAGGAAAGCCCAUGUGGGCGAUGGCUUAAACGCAGGGAAGAGGUGUACGUAGGUUCCAAAUCCACAAUAAGUGAUGGCACGAAUUUCAAUACAUCUAGAAUCAGUGACAAUGACAUAGCCGAGUCAGAGGUGGAACAACAAGACUUGCCAGGAAUAGAUUGUGCUUAUUUAGCAAUGGAUACAGAGGAGGGUGUGGAAGUCGUUUGGAAUGAAGUGCAGUUUUCUGAACGCAAAAAUUUCAAAGCACAAGAAGAAAAGAUUCAGUUGGUAUUUGAGAACCUCACUCAACUUGAACACCCAAAUAUUGUUAAAUUUCAUAGGUAUUGGACAGAUACCCAUAAUGACAAACCCCGAGUUAUUUUUAUAACGGAGUACAUGUCAUCUGGAUCCUUAAAACAGUUCCUAAAACGAACAAAACGUAACGUAAAAAAAUUACCGUUACAAGCGUGGAAACGGUGGUGUACUCAAAUUCUUUCAGCACUCAGUAUAUUAAUUUUUAACUGUAAUUUGUCAAUUAAUCUUGAAAAAAUAUUUUCAGUCUCACCUCCUAUUAUUCAUGGAAAUUUAACUUGUGAUACUAUAUUCAUACAACAUAACGGUCUAGUCAAGAUCGGUUCUGUGGCACCUGAUGCAAUACACCAUCAUAUAAAAACUCAUAGAGAAAAUAUGAAGAAUAUGCAUUUUGUUGCUCCAGAAUAUGGAAACUUAGCAACACCUGCCAUUGAUAUAUACUCAUUUGGCAUGUGUGCAUUGGAAAUGGCUGCAUUAGAAAUUCAGGGAAAUGGAGACAAUGGUACAGUUGUUACAGAGGAAAAUAUCAAGAAGACAAUAGAAUCUUUGGAUGAUGCACAACAAAAAGAUUUUAUUCGAAAAUGUCUUCAAGCUGAUCAUUUGAAUAGGCCAAGUGCCAGAGAACUGCUUUUUCAUCCUGUUCUUUUUGAAGUUCAUUCAUUGAAGUUACUCGCAGCACAUGCUUUGGUUAAUUCAGCCACAAAUAUUUCCGAGACUAUAACGGAUGAAGUGUUGCAAAGGCUUUAUGGUCCAGAUACCGUCGUUGCCGAAAUUAAGUAUCAAAAUAGGCCUUCUCAUCAAAUUCGAUUUAGUGAUAUACCUGUAGCAGAGAAGCUAGAAAAGUUUGUUGAAGAUGUAAAAUAUGGAAUUUAUCCAUUAACUGCAUUUAUGGCCAAACUUCCACCACCCGUCCGGCCUCGGGCAAUUUCUCCCGAGGUUACGGAGUCUGUGAAGUCUGUGACUCCAGAACCUGUUGAUGUGGAAUCUCGUAGAGUAGUUAAUAUGAUGUGUAACGUCAAACCUCGAGAGGAGAGCUGUGAAUUGCUUAUGACAAUAUUGUUGAGAAUGGAUGAUAAAAUGAAUCGACAGUUAACUUGUCCAGUUUCACAAGCCGAUACAUCAAUGCUACUCGCACAGGAACUUGUACAUUUUGGUUUUAUUAACGAAGAUGACCGUGACAAGAUAGCAAAUUUGAUUGAGGAAGCGCUGCGCAGUUGUUUCAAUAAGCAGCAGUUGCUAAGCCCUGGUCUUGUCUCGCUUACUAAUCUGCCUAGUCAGACAACGCUGUUAUUGCCUGGGCCCGAGUUUCCUCGUCUUCAACCUCUUAAAAGUAUGGAACCGGGUACGAGGCAACAGCAGCAGCAACGACAUUACGAUCCUGACAUGGAGCCUCAGACGAUUGCGAACGAAGUCGGCAGUUAACCGGCAGUUGUUUAUUUUUUUAGUGUUCGUCGAUUCUAUCGCUGUGCCACUUCGCACACUCCAUGUAUAGACUGGCUAUGUAUUUUUCUAUUUUAAGUAAGAAUGCAAUGGAAGAGAAAACGAGAAAAGGAAAAAAGAAAAACAAAGCAUUAAUGCUGAACAAGGGGAACAUGCAGAAUUUUUCAUUUGUCUUUCAAUCGACAGAUAUAAUAUAAGAAAAAUAUACAAAAU